AUGAUGUCCUGCGGUCGCAGACUCACUACUCUGGCUGCUGCGGCCCGUCCGCGCUUCGUCCGGGGCUAUACCUCCACCAUCCCUCGCCUGUCCGAGAAUGCCAUGCAGCCGAAUGACCCGACCCCCCGGACGCCCAAGCCCAAUGUCUCCGCCACCAAUGCCACGCCGGUCGACUCGAUGGGACAGGGAGACUACUCUCUGCAGGAAGAUCCCGAGGUCGGCGAGCGCAUCCGAAGCAUGCAGGCACCCAACCGGGCCACUACGUGGGCUGCCAGCCAGCAGCCGCGCGAGAAGGCCAUGACGGGCCCUCGCUUUGAGCAGACCAUCAUGUCCGCCCAGCCCCAACCCAUGGCCGCCAUCGAACUCAUCCACAAGCAACCCGUGCGCUGGACAAAGUCCAAGGUUGUCAGCUGCGACGGCGGCGGUGGUCCCCUGGGUCACCCCAAGAUCUUCAUCAACACCGACAAGCCCGAUAUUGCGACCUGCGGGUACUGCGGCGUUCCUUUUGCCCAGGAGCAGCACCGCGCCUACCUUGAGUCUCUGCCCGCUACCAGCUACCCGCUCGAACCGACCGGCGAUGCGGCGGAGGUGAACGAAGCCCAGCGGGUCACGGAGGGAUCAUUGGAGCAGCGAUAG